AUGACGAGCGUGGAGUUCAAGGUUGUGGAGACCGACCCCGCGGAGUACUGCAUCGUCGCGUCUGACACGGAGAUAUUCUGUGACGGCGAGCCUGUCAAGCGGGAGGAUGAGGAGAGACUCGACGACGUCGGCUACGACGAUGUCGGUGGGGUCAGGAAGCAGAUGGCCCAGAUCAGAGAGCUGGUUGAGCUCCCACUGCGCCACCCUCAGCUGUUCAAGUGCAUCGGUGUGAAGCCUCCAAAGGGCAUCUUGCUGUAUGGGCCACCUGGGACCGGCAAGACCCUCAUUGCCAGAGCUGUGGCCAAUGAAACAGGUGCCUUCUUCUUCCUGAUCAAUGGCCCGGAGAUCAUGUCGAAGAUGGCCGGAGAGAGCGAGAGCAACCUCAGGAAGGCGUUUGAAGAGGCCGAGAAGAAUGCGCCGGCCAUCAUCUUCAUCGAUGAGAUCGAUUCCAUAGCCCCAAAGAGAGACAAGACCAACGGAGAAGUCGAAAGGCGCAUCGUCUCACAGCUGCUCACUCUCAUGGAUGGGCUCAAGUCCCGGGCACAUGUUAUUGUCAUGGGGGCUACCAACCGCCCAAACAGCAUCGACCUUGCUCUCAGAAGGUUUGGGAGGUUUGACCGGGAGAUCGACAUUGGAGUCCCUAAUGAAGUUGGGCGGCUUGAGGUUCUCCGGAUUCACACUAAAAACAUGAAGCUAGCUGAAGAUGUUGAACUGGAGCAUGUCUCGAGGGAUACUCAUGGGUAUGUCGGCGCUGAUCUCGCUGCCCUUUGCACCGAGGCUGCUCUCCAGUGCAUUCGCGAGAAGAUGGAUGUCAUCGACCUUGAGGAUGACACCAUUGAUGCGGAGAUACUGAAUUCUAUGGCUGUCACCAACGACCAUUUCAAGAUUGCACUAGGAACAAGCAACCCUUCCGCUCUUCGCGAAACUAUCGUUGAAGUUCCAAAUGUCUCUUGGGGAGAUGUUGGUGGUCUGGAGGGUGUCAAAAGGGAGCUGCAGGAGACCGUCCAGUAUCCGGUGGAGUACCCAAAGAAGUUUGAGAAGUUUGGCAUGUCUCCCUCCAAAGGUGUUCUGUUCUACGGCCCUCCAGGCUGCGGCAAGACCUUGUUGGCCAAGGCGAUUGCUAACGAGUGCCAGGCUAACUUCAUCAGCAUCACAGGACCGGAGCUGCUUACCAUGUGGUUUGGUGAGAGUGAGGCCAAUGUGCGCGACAUUUUCGACAAGGCCAGGGGGUCGGCACCAUGUGUCCUCUUCUUCGAUGAGCUCGACUCGAUUGCCACGCAGAGAGGAAACAGUGUAGGCGAUGCCGGAGGUGCCGCUGAUAGGGUGCUGAAUCAGCUUCUCACCGAGAUGGACGGAAUGAAUGCCAAAAAAACCGUGUUCAUCAUCGGUGCCACCAACAGGCCAGACAUCAUAGACCCUGCCUUGCUGAGGCCGGGGCGCCUUGAUCAGCUUAUCUACAUUCCUCUGCCUAACGUUGAAUCCAGGCUCCAGAUCUUCAGGGCCUGCCUCAGAAAGUCUCCUAUGGCCAAGGAUGUCGACCUGAAUGCGCUCGCCAAAUACACACAAGGGUUCAGCGGCGCGGACAUCACGGAAAUCUGCCAGCGUGCGUGCAAAUAUGCCAUCAGAGAAAACAUUGAGAAGGACAUGGAAAAGGAGAGGCGGCUGAAGGAAAACCCUGAAGCCAUGGAGGAAGACGAGAUGGAUGAGAUCAAGGAUGCUCACUUCGAGGAGAGCAUGAGGUAUGCACGCCGGAGUGUGAGCGAUGAUGAUAUUCGCAAAUACCAGGCCUUUGCUCAGACGCUGCAGCAGUCCCGUGGUUUUGGCAGCGAGUUCCGGUUCCCUGACCAGCCGGCGGCGGGUGCUACAGCUGCGGCCAAUCCUUUCGCGGCCGCUGCCACGGCAGCUGAAGUAGAUGAUUUGUACAGUUAA